CCCACUUCCCGCCAAUCUCCUAAAACCCUACAAAAACACUUUUUUAAUCUUUCCUCGUCGGGCUUAAACCCUAGCACUCCAUAGCCACCACACGGACCUCCACACAAAGCUAUGGCGAUGGAUCCAAAGGCUGUGAAAUCAGACCUGGUUCUGAUCCUGGACUUCGGUUCUCAGUACACCCACCUCAUCACGCGCCGAAUCCGAUCCCUCUCCGUCUUCUCCCUCUGCAUCUCCGGCACCUCCACGCUCUCCAACAUCGUCGAGCUGAACCCGCGCGUGGUCAUACUCUCCGGCGGACCACACUCCGUCCAUACGACGGACUCCCCGUCGUUCCCGCCGGGGUUCCCCGAGUGGGCCCAGGAGAACGAUGUCGUCGUUUUGGGCAUCUGCUACGGACUCCAGCUCCUCGUCCAGCGGCUCGGCGGCGAGGUCCGGGUCGGCGAGAAGCAGGAGUAUGGGAGAAUGGAGAUCCACGUGGAUUCGGCUCCGGCCCGGGGGCUAUUCGGGUCGAAGCGUGUUGGGGAUAGGCAGGUGGUGUGGAUGAGCCACGGCGACGAGGUGGCCCGCCUGCCCGACGGGUUCGAGGUCGUGGCCCGGAGCCAGCAGGGUGCAGUGGCCGCGAUCGAAAACCGUGCUAAGAGGUUUUACGGGCUUCAGUACCACCCGGAGGUGACACAUUCACCUGAAGGAAUGGAAACACUGCGGUACUUUCUCUUUGAGGUUUGUGGAGUCACUGCCGGAUGGAAUAUGGAAAAUGUAUUGGAUGAAGAAGUAAAAGUGAUCAAAGACACGGUGGGACUCGAAGAUCAUGUGAUAUGUGCCUUAUCAGGUGGUGUGGAUUCCACGGUUGCUGCUACUCUUGUCCAUAAGGCAAUUGGAGAUAGGCUUCAUUGUGUUUUUGUUGACAAUGGGUUAUUGAGGUAUAAGGAGAGAGAACGAGUGGUGGAAACCUUUGACCGGGAUCUUCAUCUGCCUGUUACUUGUGUUGAUGCAACGGAUCAAUUUCUUAGCAAGCUGAAAGGUGUGGUAGAUCCUGAAAUUAAAAGGAAAAUUAUUGGGAAGGAAUUUAUUUCCAUAUUUGAUGCCUUUGGCCAAGAGUUGGAGCAGAAACUAGGAAAGAAACCGUCUUACUUGGUCCAAGGGACUUUGUACCCAGAUGUGAUUGAAUCUUGCCCACCACCUGGAUCUGGAAGAACCCACUCCCACACAAUCAAGAGCCAUCAUAAUGUUGGAGGGCUUCCCAAGGACAUGAAACUGAAGCUCAUUGAACCACUUAAACUUCUAUUCAAGGAUGAGGUCCGUCAACUAGGAAGGAUUUUGAAUGUUCCUGAGUCAUUUUUAAAGCGCCAUCCAUUCCCUGGGCCUGGCCUUGCAGUAAGAGUGUUAGGUGAUGUAACUGAGGGCAAUGCCUUGGAUAUCCUCCGCCAGGUUGAUGAAAUUUUCAUUCAGUCAAUCAAGGAUGCUGGGCUUUAUGAUUCAAUAUGGCAAGCUUUUGCUGUGUUUUUGCCAGUAAGAUCAGUUGGAGUUCAAGGUGAUCAAAGAACACAUUCUCAUGUUGUUGCUCUAAGAGCUGUUACAAGUGAAGAUGGAAUGACAGCAGAUUGGUACUAUUUUGAGCACAAGUUCCUUGAUGAUGUAGCACGAAAGAUCUGCAACAGCGUUCGGGGGGUAAACCGAGUCGUUCAAGACAUUACAUCAAAGCCGCCAUCGACUAUUGAGUGGGAAUGAUGCUGUGUCAAAUGCUUUCAUUGUUAAGAUAAGUGAGUUAUAAACUCCAUGGUAGUAUAUGGACCCAGGUCUUGACCAUUUUACUAAUACAUUUAGUUGUUGCCUCCUUUCUGCAUCAAA